AUGUACACCCCCCGCGCCCUGGCGUUCGUCCCCCGCCAGUGGCACGACGCCAUCGCCACCACCCCCAGGCUCUGGCACCAGGAGAUCUACUCCCAGGAACAGAUCAAACAGGCAGCCUCCUCACUAAGAAUGAUGGUCGCCAUCGCCUAUCUCCAUCGUGACGCCCUGGUGCUCGAGGCAGCAGUAUCGGCAUGGCAGGCCGUCCAUCGCCGCCACCAUAAGCUGCCGCUGUGCCACGAGCUUUGUAAGCGUCUAAGCAAGCUGGCAGCCGACUUGGAAGCGGUGCUUUUGGACCAGGGACAGCUAGAAACGGCAGCAUCGCUAUUUGGCGAUGACCUCACUCAAAAAUACGGUACCGCGAAGCUCGAGCCGUGGAACAUUGCCAAAAUCGUUAAAGAUGCCUCGGUGGACAUUGAUCAGCGCCGCCGGCUCAUAAAUAUGGCGGUGUUACUGAAAAAAGUCGGCACUAACCGCAUCUUGCCUCACCAGUACUUGCUGUGGGUGGAAGCCGCCGAAGACGAUAACUGGAGCCUCCCAUACACUUACCACCACUCGCUCCGCAUUAUUGCCAUGCCGCCACCGGCGCUGACUCGGUUUCUCGAGUACGCUGACCUCUUGACCAGCUAUUUCGGUCCUCAUCGUGACACCCAGUGUGGCGCGUUUAUCACGCUGUGCAUGCAAGCGUUGGCUCCGAUUCAGAGCCACGCCGUCCUUAACUACUGGCAGUAUAAGCUCCGCCGGCUCCCCGACCACGUGACCCCGGAAGACUUGAGACUCGCCAUGGAAGCGCUCGCCGACCUCAAACUGGACGAAAAAGUGCUCCAGCUCUACGACCACCACCCCGAGCUCCACGACGACUGUCAGAUCGACGUGCUCUUGCAAAUCACCGCCGAUAACCGCGACUGGCUGCGGCUUCAGGCCCAGUUUGAAGACAUGUACGGGCGCAAAAACUUGCCCCAUGUUGUCCAUUAUACCAUGGUGAUGCGAGCGCUUGCCCUGAUGGGAGCAGUAGCCGAAGUGGAGCAGUUAUACCAGCAGUUAGGCGAGCGUCAAUUGAAGCCGACGCCGGAAAUCUUCGCUGCCCGUAUCUCUGCGGCGUUAAACGAUGGCGACUGGUCUCGAGCACUCGCGGUGUUUGACGAGUACGUGGCCUGCGACCACUCUUCCCCUUACGCUCAGGCGUACUUGUAUCAUAAGCUCAUGGCCUAUCAAUUCAAGAUGGCCGAACCGGAGAAGGGGUGGCGGUUUUUCCAAGAUGCAUUGACCCGACAACAGCUGGACGAGAAUAUCCGCUUGGUCAACACCCACACGUUGAAGCUUGCCAUCCGCUACUUUGCUACUAACUUCCGCGCCGACUAUAUCGAGGUGAUUGCCCAGUUGGUAAACAGUCAUCCUGAAUUUGCCGUGGAAACGGUGCGGCUCGCCAUGGUCGAUGCCUACAUCCAGCUAGGCCAGUUCCAGCUUGCUAAGCAGUGGGUUGACGACGCCCACAUGCUGCUGAGUCCGCCGUGGUCACGUCCACCGGUAUACGCCGCCCAGGUGAAAGUGAUGCGAAUGGACCCUACCGAAUAUACCCACCGUCAGCUCCGUCAGAUCACCGCUGCCUUCACUCGCAUCAAGACCAAAGAGCCCGUAACAAUCAAUUUGCGGGCACUUUCACCGGUGAAACGGCUGAAGCUCUAUAUGGAGCUCAUCAAGUGGCUCAUCAGUCGCCGCGAGAUCGACAACGCCCUCAGCGUGCUCAAAUUGGCCCAGCGCCACGAGGUGGUGAGCGAGUCCCACUACAUCCCCUUUCUUAAGCACUUCUCGAUGUCUAACGACUACGCCCAGCAACAACGGGUGAUUCACAUGUACCGUGAGAUGAACGCCGCCCGCAUCACCAUGACCACCACCGCCUACGUCCCAUUGAUGCGGGCCGUGGCCUACCUCGAUCAUCGUGAGGGUAACUUCGCCAAUCUGUUUAAGCUCUUUGCCCUGAUCUUCGAGAUGAAAGGAAUCAAAGUUGAAGGGACGCUGUACACUAAGAUCAACCCGACCAAGCCGUUGAUCUUGCUGACGCUGGAUAUGCUCCAUUUGUGUCAGUUGAUUCUGAUCUACGUGACGGCACUGGGCAAAGUGAACUCGCUCAAGUUGUUGGUGAACUUCCUCGAUUUGAUCAAGCGCGAACCCCACGCCCAACCACUCCACGAUAUUCGCAUCAAGAUGGCGGUGUAUAAAGAGAUGAUGAAGGUGUUGGAGCCGGGAGACGGCAAGGAGAAAGUCAACGCCAACGCCUGGCGCGACUUAGACAAACAAAUCAGCCGCUACGCAGACACCUACCCGUUCCCCGGUACGAUCAUAGUACCCAAAGUUCUCAGUGACUACGCUCGUUGGCUUGUGGGGAUCACUAAGGAUACCGUCACCGUGGAAACGGUAUACCGUUUAUACCAACAAGGGGUCCACUUGGGUGGGGUGUUAUACAAUAUUCUCUUCACCCGGUUCCUCAAUGGCCUGACGCUGCCGGCUCAAUUGGACUAUAUCCUCGAAAUGGUGGAGCUGGAUAUGGCCCCCGCCUCACAGACCCAGCAUCGCCUCCGCAAGAUGUACCACUACUUGUACCACAAAGCGGUGGUGGUGCUCGCGGCUCGUGGGGCUGAUUUCUCCAAGUUUGGUCCUCUUAACGACUAUUAUGGUGUUGACGCCGAGCUGCUUCCUCGCGGUCCUCGCGCUAACGCCAAAGUGGCUCUCCGCCAGUUUGUGGAGGCGUUCAACCAGGUGAAAGCCCACGUAUCCCCCACGCGAGACGACCCCGAGUGGGUCCUCCGCAACCCCGGGCGCUACUUCAACCCGGAAAAGAUCGUCCCCACCCCGCAUCGACUCAGCGACCUGCUUAACCAGGCGCUCUGGCACGCUCUCCACACCCACAUGCCCACCACCACCCACUGGUUUGCCGCCAUGGACCGGUACCCGGAAACCAUCGACCACAUGCUCCAGUGGCACGACCUGCGGUCGCGGGUGAAGCGGUACCGCGCCGCCACCGACGACAUCCGGCCCCCGGCGGGCCCGGAACUGUAUCGCCAACGGUUGCUGCGGAACAAACAGGUGCUUCGGUUCGUCAAGGGCAAGAAGAGUUGA